AUGUCUUCAAGAAUUCUCUCUACGUCAUCAGCUCCGGACCCCCCACCAUCACCCCAAAACCUCAUCAACACUCAUCACUCAACAAAGCGCCAACGUGGGCAGGAAACGGAGCUGGGUGCCGCAGCGUUUGGUCACAAAGAGCCAACAGUCUGGCUGCAGGGCACGCAAGCAGGGCAGAGCAACCUGUUAAAGAUGCAGAAGGUCCUUCCUUUCCUUUGUUACCCUGUUUGCCCUUGGGAGGGCAAAGCACGACAAAUAGGCUUUUUUGUUUUCAAAGUCGUUUGUCAGACCCCAGCUGCCAAAAUAGUGAAGCAGAUCAAGAGCAAAUAUGCUUUUCAGGAAGCCUUGAACAGUGAGGGGAACACUUUAGUAGUUGACUUCUCUGCCACAGGGUGUGGGCCUUGCACAAUGGUCAAGUCCAUCUCUCAUGCCCUCUCUGAGAAGGAUCCCAACGUGGUGUGCCUUGAAGUAGACGUGGGUGACUGUCAGAGGUUGUUUCAGAGUGUGAAGCCAACCCUCCCGUUUUUAAAAAAGGAACAGAAGGUGGGUGAAUUUUCUGGAACUGAUAAGGAAAAUCUUGAAGCUACCAUUAAUGAAUUCAUCUAA